UGAGCUGUGAUUGGCUAGACCCGCAGCGACUCUGCAUCCUGUUCCCACUGCCAGGACCAGGCACAAGAGCGCAGGGAGGGGGGAGCUGCAAAGCGCGGCCGGGAAAGCAUCGCACUUGGAGGAUGUGCAAUAUCAUUUUCCUCAUCCGGAAGAGAUGUUGACACGCGACAUGUUACCAAAGACCGAAGCGACCGCUGGCACCAAUUCUCGAGCGUUUUCUUAACGUCUUGUGCAGCAACAGAGCGAAGGUCCAAGACGAAGAAAGUGUCACCUUUACCUCCUCCAGGUCACAGCAAAGACCACCAACAUGCCCGUCCAAGAACCCGACAGCAUCCUAAGCUACCAGCGGCCAGAUGAAGAAGUGGUGAUAGACCAGGGUGGGACCAGCUCAGUGCUGAACAUCCACUAUGAGAAGGAAGAACUUGAAGGCCACAGGACUCUCUUUGUGGGUGUCCGGAUGCCCCGGCAGAGCCAUCGACACCACAAGGCUCAUGGCUCUCGGCAUCGUAAGAAAGACAGGAGGACGGGAAGCAUAACAGUGCGAGAAAGCCAAGGGAACGAGAAGACACCCUGUCACGACACGCCGUCCCAGAGGGUGCAGUUCAUUCUGGGAACAGAGGAAGAUGCUGAGCAUGUGGCCCACGAGUUGUUCACUGAGCUGGAUGAGAUCUGUGUGAAAGAUGGCAAAGAUGCUGAGUGGAAGGAAACAGCCAGGUGGCUAAAGUUUGAGGAAGAUGUGGAGGAUGGCGGCGAAAGGUGGAGCAAGCCGUACGUGGCUACGCUGUCCCUCCACAGUCUCUUUGAGUUGAGGAGUUGCAUCAUCAAUGGGAGCGUUUUGCUCGACAUGCACGCUGACUGCAUUGAGGAGAUCGCAGACAUGGUUCUGGAUCAUCAGGAAGCGUCUCACGAGUUGGACGACAGCGUGAGGGUGAAAGUGCGAGAGGCCUUGCUCAAGCGGCACCACCACCAGAAUGAGAAGAAGAAGAACCUCAUGCCCAUCGUGCGCUCCAUCACAGAGGGGACUCGCAAACAGUCUGAGCCUCACUUAACAGCCAUGUCAGCCACAUCUCCUCAGCCUACACCCCUUACAGAGCCACCUAAGAACGGCGCAGGAUCGGAAGGGCAUCAAGUGGACCUGAGCAAGGUGGACCUCCACUUCAUGAAGAAGAUCCCAGAGGGAGCAGAGGCCUCAAACGUGUUGGUUGGAGAGCUGGACUUCCUAGAGAGGCCCAUUGUGGCUUUUGUUCGCCUCUCCCCCGCUGUUCUGCUCACUGGCCUCACCGAGGUCCCGAUACCCACCAGGUUUCUUUUCAUUCUCCUGGGCCCAGAUGGAAAAGCUCAGCAGUACCAUGAGAUCGGACGCUCCAUGGCAACCAUUAUGACGGAUGAGAUCUUCCAUGGUGUAGCUUACAAGGCAAAGGACAGAAGUGACCUCCUGGCUGGGAUAGAUGAGUUCCUGGACCAGGUGACUGUCUUGCCACCAGGGGAGUGGGACCCUUCUAUCCGUAUUGAGCCGCCCAAAAAUGUCCCAUCUCAGGAGAAGCGGAAAAUGCCCGGCGUCCCGAAUGGCACAAUUUACCAAGUAGAGGAAGAGCAACAUGCAGAACACCAUGGACCAGAGCUGCAGAGAACCGGAAGGUUAUUCGGCGGCCUGAUAAUGGACAUCAAAAGGAAGGCUCCGUUUUAUCUGAGUGACUAUAAAGAUGGCCUGAGCCUGCAGUGUGUGGCCUCGUUCCUCUUCCUCUACUGUGCCUGUAUGUCUCCUGUCAUCACCUUUGGGGGGCUGCUUGGAGAGGCAACAGAGGGACGCAUUAGUGCCAUUGAGUCCUUACUUGGUGCAUCCAUGACUGGAGUAGCCUACUCGUUAUUUGCUGGCCAGCCUCUCACGAUUCUGGGCAGCACAGGACCCGUGUUGGUGUUUGAGAAAAUCCUCUUCAAAUUCUGCAAGGACUACAACCUGUCCUACUUGUCGUUAAGGGCCUGCAUUGGCCUGUGGACGGCACUGUUGUGUCUGUUGCUCGUCGCUACAGAUGCUAGCUCUCUGGUGUGCUACAUCACUCGCUUCACGGAGGAGGCCUUUGCCGCCCUCAUCUGCAUUAUCUUCAUCUACGAGGCCUUGGAGAAGCUGUGCCACCUGGGAGAAAUGUACCCCAUCAACGCUCACAGUGAUCUGGACAAGCUGACGCUAGCAUACUGCCGGUGUGCAGAGCCUGAUAGUCCGAGCAAUAAAACUUUAAAACUGUGGAGCGAGAGAAACAUCACAGCUUCUUCUGUUCCUUGGGCCAACCUUACUGUCAAGGAAUGCGUGAGUCUGCAGGGGGACUUUGUAGGGACGUCGUGUGGCCAUCAUGGCCCCUACACCCCCGAUGUCCUCUUCUGGUCCGUCAUCUUGUUCUUCUCCACUUUCUUCAUGUCAGCAUUCCUCAAACAGUUCAAAACGAGUCGCUACUUCCCCACCAAGGUGCGAUCCAUGAUCAGUGACUUUGCCGUCUUCCUCACCAUUGUCGUCAUGGUAUUGCUCGACUACAUCAUAGGAGUACCCUCCCAGAAGUUAAAGGUGCCCAGCAAAUUCCAGCCCACCAGAGAUGACAGAGGGUGGCUGAUCAACCCAAUCGGACGCAACCCCUGGUGGACGCUCCUGGCAGCCUCUAUCCCUGCUCUUCUCUGCACCAUCCUCAUCUUCAUGGACCAACAGAUAACCGCUGUCAUCAUCAACCGGAAAGAGCACAAACUGCUGAAAGGUUGCGGGUACCACUUGGACCUCCUGAUGGUGGGGAUGAUGCUGGCCGUGUGCUCCGUCAUGGGUUUGCCGUGGUUUGUCGCCGCAACUGUCUUGUCCAUCACUCACGUGAACAGUUUGAAGCUGGAGUCGGAAAGCUCAGCUCCAGGAGAGCAGCCUCGUUUUCUGGGCAUCAGAGAGCAGAGGCUCACUGGCCUGGUCAUCUUCUUGCUGAUGGGAUGCUCUGUAUUCAUGACUGGCGCCCUUCAGUUCAUUCCGAUGCCUGUGUUAUAUGGUGUCUUCCUCUACAUGGGAGCUUCAUCCUUGAAGGGCAUCCAGUUCUUUGACCGUCUGAAGUUGUUUGGGAUGCCGACCAAGCACCAGCCAGAUUUCAUCUACCUGCGUCACGUGCCCUUGAGGAAGGUUCAUCUAUUUACGCUCACACAGCUGACCUGUCUCGUGCUUCUCUGGGUCAUCAAGACCUCACCCGCUGCUAUCGUCUUCCCCAUGAUGGUCUUGGCUCUGGUAUUCAUCCGCAAACUGCUGGACCUGUGUUUCUCCAAUCGGGAGCUCAGCUAUCUGGAUGAUCUAAUGCCGGAAUGGAAGAAAAAAAACCUUGAUGAUGCUUCCAAAAAGAUUGAGGAGGAGGCGGAAGUUAUGCUCAGUACAAAAAGUGAAGACGCUCCAAUUGUUCACAUUCCUCUGGAGAGCAGUAAACCAGUGCAGGCCUCAAAGGCCCAUGACCCCAGGUGUGAUCCCUCUGAUAUUAAUAUAUCUGACGAAAUGUCUAAAACCACCAUGUGGAAAUCUCUCAGCUCCAAUCAAAAGGACUCACGUCCUGUUUCCGCUAAGAAGGAUUGAAGAGCUCGCCUUCAUUGAUGAGUAAAGAUUCCUCCAGUGCAUGCAACUGUGCCACAAGACAGUUAAAUGUCCAGCUGGAACCCUGGGAUGUGAUUUGUCUGUUUGGGACCGUUGGCUACCGGAGCGAUUUGGAAAAGUCUCUGUAAUCACUACGAGCGCCACACAACACACACAGGAACACAGGAACACCGCCAUCCAGGUAGAACUGGUUUUAAAGCAGGCUGACAGCAAGAGAAUUCACAGUGGACCCAGAGUCUUUUCCGUUUAGAGUGUCAAUGGAAACAAUGACAUGUCUGCAACAUUUAUCUGGAUGUUAAAAUCUAAUCGGGUCUUCCUUGGCCAUUGUGCCACCUCUAACAAUUUUAGGGAAAUCGGUAGUUUUUGACUGAUCCUGCUAACCUGACAAAUAAAGCAAAAGACAAUGACGAGUCGAAUGAUUGGUUAGUGUCGGAAUCCGCAUUUAACUUCUUCAAGUCUUGUGUCAAUAUGAAUAGAGUAUUUUAUUUUGAUGGUAAUUUUAUAUUUGUAAAAAUGGAGAAAAAAAACGUUUUUAUCCACAAAAUUCUAUAUUUGGCCAUUCUGUCAUUUCAUAGCUGUGAGGGUCAGAAGAUUCCAGUUAAUUAUUGUUUGAAUCGAUUUUUUGGAAGUAGAUUUAAAAAUAAUAGUAUAAUUACUAUGCGUCACUUUAAGCCUUCAUGCCCGUUUUGUGUCGCCUGAAUAUUACACACUCGGCAUCGAUGAAAA